CGAGAUUGUGGAGGUAGGGUUCUUGGGAGCGAUCGUGGAGCGCGACCAGCGAAUGCAGGCGCUUGGCAUCGGCUAGCACGCGGCAUUUCCUCAGCGAGAAGAAGGAGCGAUCCUUGUCCUCUUCGAGCUCCUCCUCCUGUUCUUCGAUCCGGCGCUUCUCCUUGGCGAAGGAUCGCAGCUUCUGGAUACCAAUCGAGCUGGAAGGGAGUGAUAGCAAUGGCGGAAGGGCUUAGAGUGAGAGCCAAGAGGAAGGCAUCGUAUUUCGAGGACUCCUCGGACGAGGACGACUAUGAGGAUUCCAGGGAAAUGGAGCUGGAUGGGGCCGGCGAGGACAGCGAUCUGGAGGAGGCGGUGUCGAGCAAGAGCGAAGAUUUUUGCACCAUUUGCAAAAGUGGUGGCAAGGUUUUGUGCUGCGAUGCUUGCACUGCGGUGUAUCAUCUCCAGUGCUUGGAUCCACCAAUGAAGUCUGUUCCAAAAGGGAGCUGGAGAUGCCCUAAAUGCGAGGAGCCUCUUGCAGACAUUGAAAAGAUUUUAGAUUCUCAAAUGCGGCCCUUGAAAGUUACGGAGAAGGAAGACGAGGAAGGCAAGAAGGAAGAAGAAGAAGAGCUGAUGAAGCAUUACCUUGUCAAGUGGAAGUCGAGGUCUUACCUUCACUGCUCUUGGAUACCGCUGAAUGAAAUGGAGAGAGCGUCAAGGAUGUAUCCUGGAUUGCGAAUGAAAAUGAACCAUUUCCACAAAACGUGCGAGGCCAUGAAAGAACUUGCAGACGAGGAUCAAGGUCCAAUUCGGGUGGAAUGGAUCACUGUUGAUAGGGUCAUAGACGAAAGGGAAACUGAAAACACCAAGGAGUAUCUUGUCAAGUGGAAAGAACUCGGGUACGACGAGGCAACCUGGGAAGUAAAGGAGGACAUUGCACAGUUUCAAUCUCAAAUUGACUAUUACGAGAAAAUUGCCAAGAGAGGACCAAGGAAAACUAAGAGGACAGCCGCUAGGCACCAGAAAACGUUCACUCAGUUUGAGACAACGCCUGAUUUUCUUUCAGACGGUGUUUUACAUCCCUACCAGCUAGAAGGCUUGAACUUCUUGCGUUUUGCAUGGCAACAAGAGAAGCAUGUUAUACUUGCGGACGAGAUGGGCCUCGGGAAAACGAUUCAAACCAUUGCUUUUCUGGCUUCUUUGAAACAGGAAGAAGUCACGGACCCCCAUCUUGUUGUAGCACCAUUAUCGACGUUGCGUAAUUGGGAACGGGAGUUUGCCACUUGGGCACCGGAUAUACACAUUGUUGUAUAUGCUGGAAAUGCCAAGGCACGGUCAGUUAUCAGAGAGUUUGAAUUCUUCUAUCCGAAGACCGAUAAAACAAAGAAGAAGUACUACUCAGAAAGAAAGCAUUCGAAGCAAGAUCGGAUCAAAUUCGAUGUUUUACUAACGUCGUAUGAGAUGAUAACUUUUGACGCAGCCAUUUUGAAAUCAAUCAAGUGGGAGUGCUUGAUUGUGGAUGAAGGUCACCGUUUGAAGAGCAAAGAGUCGAAGUUAUUCCAAACGCUGCAAAAUUACACGACAUAUCAUCGAGUUCUUUUAACUGGCACACCUUUGCAGAAUAAUCUGGACGAGCUUUUUACUUUGAUGCAUUUUCUCGACGCUAGCAAGUUUUCAAGCUUAGAAGAGUUUCAGCAAGAGUUUAGAGACAUUAACCAGGAAGAACAGGUGAGCAGGCUGCAUAAGAUGUUGGCCUCACAUUUGCUUCGAAGGGUCAAGAAAGAUGUACUGAAGCAGCUACCUCCUAAGAAGGAACUAAUGCUACGUGUUGAGCUGAGCUCGGUGCAGAAAGAGCUUUAUAAAGAAAUUCUAACUCGAAACUAUGAGGCACUGAGUAAGCGAGGAGGGCCUCAGGUGUCUCUGAAUAAUGUUGUUAUGGAGUUGCGAAAGCUGUGUGGACACCCAUACAUGGUGAUUGAACCUGAUUCCAAGAAUGAGGAAGAAGAGAACAGACAUAGAAUAGAGUCUUCGGGAAAACUUUCUCUAUUAGAUAAAAUGAUGGUGAAGCUAAAAGCAAGCGGGCACCGGGUUCUUCUUUACUCUCAGUUUCAACACAUGCUUGAUAUUCUUGAGGACUAUUUAACUCAUAAGAAUUGGAGCUACGAGCGCAUUGACGGGAACGUAACAGGGGCCGAAAGGCAGAUUCGCAUCGACAGGUUCAAUGCUCCCAAUUCGAAUCGAUUUUGUUUCCUUCUGUCAACCAGAGCUGGGGGCUUGGGAAUAAACCUGGCCACUGCAGACACGGUUGUCAUUUACGACAGCGACUGGAAUCCUCAUGCAGACCUACAAGCAAUGGCACGUGCUCAUCGUUUGGGACAAAAAAACAUGGUGAUGAUAUACAGGCUGGUUACAAGAGGUAGCAUCGAAGAGCGCAUGAUGCAAAUGACAAAAAAGAAGAUGGUAUUGGAGCACUUAGUAGUUGGCCGUAUGAAGACACAAGUCCUAAACCAGGAAGAACUUGAUGACAUUCUUAGGUACGGUGCCAAGAGUGUAUUUGGAGACGAGAACGAUGAUUCUGGAAAAUCUUGGCAAAUCCAUUAUGAUGAUUCUGCAAUUGACAGGCUACUUGAUCGCUCUGAUGUAGAGACUGGCCAUGAGAUGUCUACAGAUGAGGACGACAACGACUUGUUGAAAGCUUUCAAGGUUGCGAAUUUCGAGUACGUCAACCAUGGAAAAGGUCGGAAAGAAGAGGCAUUUAGAGAAUCGGAAGCAGACUACGAGGCGGAGCAUCUAAGCUCUACAGAAAGGUUGAAGUACUGGGAAAGCCUUUUAAAAGAGAGAUUCGAGAAGAAACACGUCCAAGAACAAGAAAUGGGGAAGGGAAAGCGUAGUCGGAAACAGGUUGUUCACGGUGAAGAUGACUUGGCGGGAAUGGAUUACAGUAGUUCAGAGAAUGACGACAACGAUGAACUUGACACGGAGUACAUACAGUCAGUGGAGGAAAAGACAAAGAAACAGAAAGGGGAGUCUACUGUACAUCCUGCGCCAUUGAUGGAAGGGGAUGGAAAGUCGUUAAAAGUUCUUGGAUUCCGCCGAAAGCACCGAGUUCGUUUUGUACAGAUUUUGAUGAGGUUUGGGCUUGGAGACUUCACCUGGAGCAGUUUCGUUCCUUAUUUUAAGCAAAAGCAGCUUCACGAGAUCAAAGAGUAUGGUACCCUCUUUUUGACGCACAUUGCAGAAGAUGUUACAGACUCAGACACCUUUGCUGAUGGAGUUCCGAAAGAAGGCCUUCGAAUUCAAGAUGUGCUGGUUCGAGUUGCUGUACUCCACCUUAUUACAAACAAGGUUAAACAGUAUACGCAGAAUCCGAAGGCAAGGCUGUUCUCUUACGCAGUCUAUGCUAAAUUCCCUGCUCUAAAGGGCACAACUGUCUGGACUGAGGAACACGAUAAAUAUCUACUGGACGCUAUUAUCAAGCAUGGCUAUGGUAAAUGGCUUGAAAUAGUUGAAGACGCGAGGCUACAGUCAGCUGUACGUGAAGAACUGAAGCUGCCACCGGUUGGUUCAUUCUCGAGUCCAAAAGCUCAGGAUACCGUGGUUAAUGGCCACGCGCCGGAAAAUGACAAUCAUUUAACCGACGCCGAAGCGUUCUUCAACAGGAGAAUUAUCGAGUUCGUGAAGAAACGAGUCGCACUUAUGGAAAAAGUACUCAACGCUGAAUAUCAUCUGGAUGACCAAGAUAUUCCGGCCAAUCGCAGCAACGGCGGCGUCGAGCCUGGCGAGGGACCAAAAACCUCCUACCAAAAGCCGCAACCUACAUUUGUUCCUUAUCCAACACCUUUGACUCCGGAAGAAGUCCUGGGAACGGCACUGGAUAACGAUCCUAAGCGGCUGAAAGUCCCAGCCUAUUACAACGAGUUGUGCUCGAUGAUCAGCGAGAACAGGCUCGACGCCUUCCAGACUUACGCGGGGAACAAAUCCGCCGGCAUCCGCCUGCGCAGGUGCAUUCGGCAGAUCGACGUGCUCUGCUCGGAAAUGCGACGAGGAUUGGGAGUGAAAGGCGAAGAGGCUAUGGUGGAUGGAGCUCACGACAGGGACGACGUCUCGGACAACGAGGGGAUUCACGUUGUCAUCGACGACUAGAAUCAAGGUUCUCGAGGCUGGAACCACGACUAGAAUCAAGGUCUUGCUCUUCGCUAUUCUCUUUCGAGGCUUAAAGUUCCUGUUUGUUCCAGGUGCUCGAGGCUGGAACCAAGAUUAAAAAUAGAAAUUUUCGUCCACGGUUUGCUUCCUUGCUCUCCAGUCUUGCGUUUUUAAUGCAUUGAGAGGGAUUUCUAUUUUGCA